AUCAUAUUUGAGAUGUAUGAUGAGUUGAUCAAGGAAGGAAGCAAGGUUGGCAAACAUAUGUGCGGCGCGUACAACAACUUUAAUCGUGAACGUGGGAUAAAGAUCAUAACACUUGAGUAUGAGAAAAUACUCUUGGAUCUAACGAUGAAUAAGAAGAAAUACUAUGCGGGUUACAAAUUCGAGUUGCAGAGCGAUGGGACCCUUCCAGAUUACCACUUUUCAAAAGAAUUUGCAGGUGCUCGGGAUCACAUUUCACGAGAUGCAAAGUUAUACAACAAGAAACUGGUGUUCGAUGAGAUGAUCGAUGCUUACAUGAGAGAACAUAAUGAUUUCAAGAAAUACUCUUCCAUGAAACGCUUUUCUAAUCUACAUGUGCGAGGGUUAUCGAUUGUUCGACGUGAUGCAAACAACUCUACCAAGGUCAUGCAGCAAAUGACCUAUUCCAGAUUGUUCGAUUAUCAUGAAAAAUCCAAAUUUAUCACAGAAAGAAGAAUCACGAGUUUCGAUGAAUUCUUUGACUUUUUCGUGAAUAGCCGUGAUGGGAAGGACAAUUGGUUAAGAUCAUGUCUGGAACAUUCGACCAAGUCGGUAAUACAGGUUCUGGCAAGAAAGAUGCAACCAGAUGAACUUUACAUUGUUGAGGAUAGCAUGCGUGUGAAUGCACGUGAG